AUGGGUGCAUUCGGCCUGCUCGCGUUAGGCGUUUUGGCACUUGCAACGGUUGCCAUAUCCCAGAAGACAUCACUAGAAGAUCAGGGAAGUAAUCCGUGUUCUGGAAAACAAACGUGCAGCGAAUGCAUUCAGACAGCUACUUGUGCGUGGUGCAGUCAAUUGGUGAGACUAGCGAGCAGUAGGAGAAUCUUUGGGUUGUUAUAUGAUUAUGUAUUUCAUGAUUUCUUGCAGAACUACACCUCGCCAGAUGGUGUUCCUAUUCCCAGGUGUCAUCAGCAAAAUCGUUAUCGAAACGAUAAAACGAGCUUGAUGUGUGAUCCUCAGUUUUUAAAGAAUCCAGUCAAUGAAGUGAACCACAUAAGAAAUGUCGAGCUGACGAAAGGUGUUCAAGUUCCAUCUUCGUCCGGUUCAGGGGCUUUUCAGUACAUAAACGCGGUGCAAAUCAAACCUCAACGAGUCAGCCUAAAAUGCCGCAUAAACGAAGCUCAAGACCUCGAGGUAUUCUAUGCCCAAGCCGAGGAUUAUCCUGUCGACCUUUAUUAUUUGAUGGAUUUGUCCAAAUCAAUGGAGGAUGAUAAGGCGACAUUGUCCAAGUUGGGCGUCAAGUUGGCCGAAGAAAUGAGGAAGUUGACUUCUAAUUUUCGGCUGGGAUUUGGCUCGUUCGUCGAUAAAGUGGUGAUGCCUUACGUCAGCACAGUGCCAAAAAAUUUGGAGAGCCCUUGUCGCGGUUGUGAAGCACCUUAUGGAUUCAAAAACGCAUUGCCUUUAACCACCGAGGCAACUUGGUUCUCUAAAGAAGUACAUGAUGCGAGAGUGUCUGGAAACUUGGAUGCUCCUGAAGGAGGCUUCGACGCCAUCAUGCAAGCUGUUGUGUGUACAGACGAAAUCGGGUGGAGACCGAAUGCCCGCCGACUCCUCGUUUUUUCUACAGACGCAAGCUUCCAUUACGCUGGCGAUGGAAAGCUUGGAGGAAUCAUCAUGCCCAAUGAUGGCAUGUGCCAUUUAGAUUCUUCCGGAAACUACACUCAUUCCACAAUUUUGGACUACCCGUCUGUGUCUCAAGUUAGCCAGAAAGUCAAGGAGCACCAAGUGAAUCUCAUUUUUGCUGUUACUGAAGAACAGCGAUCAAUUUAUAAUGCAUUGGCGAGCAGCAUCCAAGGGGCUUCUGCUGGAACCUUAUCAAGCGACUCUGCUAACGUUGUUGACUUGAUAAAGGAGGAAUACAGGAAAAUUACCUCAGCGGUGGAACUGCGUGACAACGCGACUGGACCUGUGCAAAUUACGUAUUAUUCUAAAUGUUUGGAUGCAAACGGUCCCGAGCGUCAAACGUCCAAGUGCGAGGGUCUGCGAAUUGGAUCCAAAGUUCAAUUCACCAUUAACAUCAAGGUUACCAAGUGUCCGAAAGACCCGAGUCAACGCAAGCAAACCAUCAAGAUUGAACCGGUUGGUGUCAAUGAAUCGCUCAUCGUCGACCUAGAGAUGCAGUGUGAAUGUGAUUGCGAGAAACCCGGAAAUCCCGGAUUCAAGCCCGCGAUUUCGGCAAGGGAAUGUAAUUACAAUGGAGAUUUGAAGUGUGGAAUUUGUGCUUGCAAAGAGCAAUACCGUGGACGUGCGUGCGAAUGCAACGCCACUCAUGCUGAUACUGAUGAUAUGCAGGCGGGAUGUCGGCCCGACAAUCGCACAGAAAUCCUAUGCUCCGGGCGUGGAGACUGCGUUUGUGGUGAAUGCCAAUGCUUCCCGAGAUCAAACCCCGAAGAAACCAUAUAUGGGCAAUUCUGCGAGUGUGACAACUUCUCCUGCGAUCGUAACCGUGGACUUCUCUGUUCCGGACCUACUCAAGGAGAAUGCGCUUGUGGUAAAUGCAACUGCUUGGGUCUCUGGACCGGUCGAGACUGCUCGUGCCUGAAUUCAACUGACGAAUGUCGACGCCCCGGAGACAAAGAGUUAUGCUCGGGACGCGGGAAGUGCGAAUGCAACAAGUGCUUGUGUCAUGAGACCGAAAGUGGGAACCGUUAUUCCGGAAAAUAUUGUCAGCGUUGCAAUACUUGUCCUGGGCUUUGCGCGGAACUGAGGAAUUGCGUUCAAUGUCAAGUUUUCAAGAACGGUGCAUUUAAGGAUGACGAAGAGGCAUGUAAUAAUUGCACCUUCAGAGCAGUGGAGGUUGACGUUCUUGAACCGAACAAUACAAGUGAAGAUGAACGGCUUUGUAUCUUGAUGGACGAAGAUGGCUGCCAAUUCCGGUUUGCUUAUGGAACAAACGGUGCAAACAAUCUCCAAGUGCGAGUACAGCGAACGAGAACAUGCCCACCCAUCAUCAAUAUCAUGGGUAUCGUGGCGGGAGUCGUGGCUGCAAUUGUGGCGAUGGGACUCGUUUUCAUCUUACUGUGGAAAGUUCUGACUACGAUCCACGACCGUCGAGAGUUCGCGAAGUUCGAAGAAGAAAGGCUUAAAGCUAGUUGGGAAGCGGGUGAGAAUCCUCUAUACAAGCAAGCCACGACAACUUUCAAGAAUCCCAUGUACGGUGGGAAGAUGUGAGCUAGUCUUGACUAUUUAGAGCGAUUCACGUUCGUUUCGACUGAACCUUUUACGCACGUGCGGGACUGAUGCACAUGCAUAGACACAGGUUGACUGUUUUUUCAAUUUACGGAGUAAACUGAAAUCUCGUGCUCGAGGAGUCAUUUAACAUUUCUCAUGGAACUGUAUCGCUCGCGUUGUUGUGUUCAAAAAGAGUCUCGCGUGUCACGUUAUGCUUGCAUUUGAGGCGUGAGUGGAAGUGAGAGAACAAUCCUUCGAAUUUACCUUGUGCCUUUUUUCGCAGUUUCAUGUGAGUAACUUCCGGUUGACUUUUUUGAAGUGCCAAAAUGCUUCCGCUUGUGUGUUUGGAGGCUUGAGCUAAGUGAUGCUUCCUUGACUUCCAUCUUCGCUUCAACUUUUAUCAUAAUUUUCUUAUAGACCCCGUUUUUGGUUAUCAAACUGAAGAAUUACUAAUGCUGGUCGUAAGAUUAAUGUGUUAAGUUUUUUAACUUUUCUUUGCUUUCAGAUUUGCAACGAGAAACGAUAGAUCAUUAAAGUAUCUAGAUCGCAAAAAUCUUGAUUUCGUUUUUAACAUGGAUCGCCUCAUUUUGGAGAGUGACUCCUUCAAUCAACAGAUGAACAAUAGUGAAUAGAACACCAAUUAAAGAAAACCGUUUGCUCGGGUAUUUGAGGGCAAGCCAAAUGGAACGACUGAAUCGAACAAACUUGUUGAAAAUUGACCUGUUUCGUCUCGGAGUGCCGAUAAUUGUCCAGAGGGCAUUGAUUUUGGAAGAAAACUUUUUAAAUUUGACCCGUACGAUUGACUUACGGAUAGCUGAAGAAAGAGAAACUGAUUGCUAAUUUUUUUGCGCUAGGCUCGUUUGUGCUUGGCACCUCAAGCACGAUUACUGGAUUACAGUACUUGCGUAUAUCUGUUUAAAAUUCCUUCUGGAUCGUUCCCUGGUGAAGAAAGAUACGCAGUAUUAUUUUGUUCUUUUUGUCGAAUUCACGAGGAAACAUGAGAGAGGAGACAAGUCCUGAGAAAUGGUGCUGAAUGCGAGCGAGAAUGUUGGAUGAUAACGAAUGCGAGCGUUGAGACUCACUGUGACUUACCAACUUUUUUAUUCGAUUCGUUGGAGGAAAAUGAGUGGAGUUUGUGUUGUGCUGGUCGUGAAGCGUUGUAAAAUGGGAGGAAUUCAUGUAUAGGAAUGUUAAUGAUUUGUAACGAGCUUGCUAUGUUCCUUCCCGUCCCGCGUUGCUUCGGCGUCAGGCAACUUUGAAAGGAAAACAUAUAAUCCGUCGGAGAUUUUUUUUUUUUUUGUGGUAGAUAACCGAAGUCGUGCGUCCCGUAUUUGUAUCAGCCGAGGUAUAUCCUUUUUUGUUGUUGUCAGAACGCAUAAUUUUUGGGGGUCUGAAAUCUUUUUUACUGGAAUGCAUUGUGUUUCUUGACAUUACUAGCGGCGCUUUGUGUUUUGUCGAAUUGGAAUCAAUUCGUCCGCGGAAUACGGCUUCGUCCAAUGUUGUGACCAAGUCUUGUAAUGGGCAAAGUUACGACGACCGUCCAUCUCUGACCGCCUUUUCGGAACGAGCCGCGUCAUCGCCUGCGUGUGACGCGUCCAGAUUACUGACGCAAAAGCUGUGGAUGUAACAAGUGAAAUCUCGUCGUGGACCGUAACAUUUUUAUAAUCUCACGAGUAUAAUACAAAAUAUUCCGUAAUUAA